AUGCCGGCCUGGGACCCGGCUGCCCUGCUUCAACCCGGUCGCAGAGCCAACAGCGCCGUUGACCUCAGACGAGCGGGCUCUAGCCGGCCCCCUGCUGGACUGCGCCAGGUCCCCAAUCACCGCUCUCACAGCCGCGCCAGCAGCCCCAUGGUUUUUCAAUUUGCCAAUGUCGACGAUUCUUCUGCCGACGACCCGCCCAGUGGGCCCGCCACCCCUGGUGCCAGCGCUCCGCAAAGAGCAAACGGUGUUGGCGGCUGGAUUGAGCGCAUGAACAAUGUCCAGAGCCGCUCUACCGCUCCACAGGCCAAACGCCGCAAGACAGAGGACGGGCAGGACUUCGCGGCCAAGUCCAGCAACAUUCCCGUGCGCGGCGGCAGCGGCGUGCUCGGCGAUUACAUCAAAGACAAGCGGAACGAGGCUGACGGCCCGGGACUUCAGCAGACCCUGACCGUGGACCUGACUGGUGGCAACGAUGAAGACGACGUCACAAUCAUCAAUGACCCUAAAGACGAAGAGGUCUGCUACGGCAUGGUCAAGAGUGGCCUCAACUGCACAAAAGUUCCUUCGCCGAAACCUGGAACGCAGAGCCUCUGGGGACCUGGCUAUCACCCGGCAAUCAAGAUCCUGCUCAAGCGGCAGGUGGGCGACAGCUCACUCAAGAUACACGCCUCCGAUCACACUCGGGAGAUCAUUGGGGCUGUCGAACCCAAGAGUGCCGCGGCUUUCUGUCCUCUUUUGGACACCAACAUUCGCUUGAGAACAGAAUGUCGGAUUCCGCCCCAACACAAGACGCCCGGCGAAGAACCGGGUCAGCCGACCUCGCGCGCAUACGUCUUGGAUGUGGUCAUGUACGGCCCAAUUCGAUACGCAAGAAGCGUCGGUGCUCUGCUUCAGAAGCACAACCUGAAGUUUCUCGCGCCAUAUAUCGUGCAAAAGGGUGUCAGGGUCCACAAUCCCCACAAUGUCGAGUUUCGGCCGCCACCGCCAAAGACAUACCCCACGGAUCCCCACGGCUCGUUCGCCAGCGCAGCCAACAGGACGGUCGAGGAGAUACGUUCCGAGGUCAUGGGCGUUUUCGACUCUCUCAAGCGGAACGAUGACCUCCCUGGCAUGGACCCAGACCCUUGCGUCACAACGCCUCUGCUUAAGCAUCAGAGGCAAGGACUGUACUUUAUGGCAAUGAGAGAGAGGCCACUCCAGGAGCAGGCAAAGGAAGACGCCUUGGUGUCUUUCUGGCAGAUCAAAUUCAACGCCAGCGGCCAGCGCAUGUACUCCAACGUCAUUACCGGGCAGGAGCAGAGAACUGCGCCGCCAGAGACGCGUGGGGGAAUCUUGGCCGACAUGAUGGGACUGGGAAAAACCCUCAGCAUACUGUCUCUCAUUGCAAGCACCGCUGGCGACGCCCGCAGCUGGGAGCUUCUUGAGCCAGUUCAGCGUCCCGCUGCCAAGUCGACCUUGAUCGUUUGCCCGCUGAGCACUGUCACAAACUGGGAAGAACAAAUCAAGCAGCACAUCCGACCGGGGGCCCUCUCGUAUCAUGUAUACCAUGGCUCAAACCGGAUCAAGGACGCGGCCAGGCUAGCUGCCUUUGACAUUGUCAUCACCACGUAUGGUUCCGUCUCAAACGAGCUCAGCUCUCGCCGUAAGCGCAAGGAUGGGCUUUACCCCUUGGAAGAGGUCGGUUGGUUCCGAAUCGUGCUCGACGAGGCACACAUGAUCCGCGAACAGUCGACGCUCCAAUUCAAGGCCAUGUGUCGCCUUCAGGCCGAACGGCGAUGGGCCGUUACGGGCACACCGGUGCAAAACAGGCUGGACGAUCUGGCAGCGCUCCUAAGCUUUCUCCGCCUGCAUCCCUUCGACGAACGACUCAAGUUCAAUCGCUAUGUUGUGGAGCCGUUCAAGGCGUGCGAUCCUGAAAUCGUGCUGAAACUCCGCGUCCUUGUCGACACAGUCACUCUGCGGCGAUUGAAAGAUAAGAUCGACCUACCUCCGCGGGAAGAUCUGGUUGUCAGGCUCGACUUCAGUCCCGACGAGCGGGCAAUCUACGAUCUCUUUGCGAGAAACGCUCAGGAUCGAGUCAAGAUCCUCGCCGGUGCCAACGUCGGCAAGGCCCUUGGAGGCAAUACGUAUAUUCACAUCCUCAAGGCCAUUUUGCGGCUCCGUUUGCUCUGCGCCCAUGGAAAAGACCUCCUGAACGAGGAAGAUCUUGCUGCCCUCCGGGGCAUGUCAGCUGACAUGGCAAUCGACCUGGACGACGACGACAAUGACGGACCCGUCUUGUCGCAUCAAAAGGCGCAUGAAAUGUUUGCCCUCAUGCAAGACACGAACAACGACGCAUGCAUAGAUUGCAGCAAAAAGCUCAACUCUGGCGAGGCGCAGAACAUGGACUCGGACGGCCAAGAGGACAUCCUCGGCUACAUGACUCCGUGCUUCCACGUGGUUUGCCGCGCAUGCGCCAAGAACUAUCAAGACCGGGCCAGGGCAAUGCUGCAACCGGGCCAUUCCUCUGUCCCCUGCCCCGUGUGCAACUCGAUCAUUCGCAUCGAGCUCGUCGAGCUUCGUCGCGAAGACGUCGACGCCGAACACGAAGGGCCUGCCAAAGCCAAGGCCAGGGCUGCUCGGAAGAAGAUGGACAAGUACGAUGGCCCUCAUACGAAGACGAAGGCGCUCGUGGGAGAUUUGUUGAAGUCCAAGGCUGCAAGUGAGGCGAAUCCCUCGGAGCCACCGUUCAAAUCUGUCGUCUUUUCGGGAUGGACCUCUCAUCUGGACUUGAUCGAGGUGGCCCUCAACGCCACGGGCAUUUCGUUUGCUCGGCUGGACGGCAGCAUGACGCGUACAGCGCGCACCGCCGCAAUGGACAGCUUCCGCGAGGACAACAAGGUGGAAGUACUGCUGGUCUCCAUCAUGGCUGGCGGUGUAGGCCUCAACUUGACUGCGGCCAACAGCGUUUAUGUCAUGGAGCCGCAGUACAACCCCGCCGCGGAGGCGCAGGCGGUUGAUCGUGUCCACCGGCUCGGACAGACUCGGCCGGUACGCACGGUCCGGUUCAUCAUGCGGGACAGCUUCGAGGAGAAGAUGCUGCAACUCCAGGAGAAGAAGAUGAAGCUGGCCAGUCUCAGCAUGGACGGGAGCAGGAGGCUAGACAAGGCAGAGGCCGCGAGGCAGAAACUGAUGGAUCUACGCAGCCUUUUCAAGUAG